UUUUGUGAGUCGGCGCGGAGGGGCAUCGCGCGCCGCGGAGGCCCGGAUGUACCGGCGCUGCUAGAGUCGCGGCUGCAGGGCCCGGUGGACAGGAGAGGGCAGGGCCUUGUGUGAUGUCCGGCGGCGCCGAGCCCAUGGAGUGAGGGGGGUCGGUCGCUGCUCGUCCCCCGCGAGUCAAUGCCAAGCACGGAGACCCGCGGCGGGAGCCGGGGUCACAGCCCCAGCGUCAGGAGACGCCUGAGUGAGAGCGGCCUGGCGCAGGCCCGGGACCAGGGCCGCUGCGCAACGGCCACCGCUCCCCGUUCCUCGAGUUCGCGGCGUAGGAAACGCCGCAAGAAGCGCUCGGCCGAGAGCCGGGCCCUGCGGCGGGAUGGUAAACACCCGGCGGUGGCAGCGGCUGUCGCCGCAGCAGCUGGCGCCUCCUCGGGCCCGUCGGCUCUGCCGCUGUCGCUGCGGGGCUUGGUGGAAUAUGAGAACGUGAGCUCGCAGGCGGAGGGCGCCGCCAGCCGCCGGCCCACCGAACGCUGGCGAGAGAAGGAGCGACGGAGGCGGGGCCGGGCCAAGGAGAGCUCCCGGUCGCGGGCCGACGGCAAGAGAAGCAAGAGCCGGAACCGCAACAAGGCGGCGGCGGCAUCGGGGGCCGAGCAGUCGGGCCAGGAGGCCCGAGGGAGCCGCGCCUCGCAUCGCACUGACAAAGAGACACCCGCCGCUUACCGGGAGCCUCCGCCGCGGGCUUACCGGGACUUGGAUUGGGAUACGCCGCGGGCUUACCGCACCUCGGCUUCGCCCGGGCCUCGCAGCCCGGUGUACAGGGAGCCGAGCCCGUACGGGACGGCCGUGCCUUGUUAUCCGCAGGUGUACGGACCCGGCGCCGGCCACAGCCCCGUCAGGCCGGGCGCCUUUGACCUGUACGGCCGCAGCCCCCCGCCGCCGCUCUUCGCCUUCAAGCCCCUGUACGGUUCGCGGGAGCAGGGCUUGCACCCCGGCUACACGGGCCGCUCUCCCAGCCCCUACUCGGUUCCCCGCCGUCGCUCGCCCAGCUUCUCCCGGCAUCUCAGCCCCUAUGAGUUUGGCGGCCUCUCUCCCAACCCCUACUCCAGCAGCAGCCGCCGCCGCUCGUCCAGCCCAUUCAGCCGGAGCCCCGAACUCAGGAGACCCAAGUCACGGAGCAGAAGUCCAUAUUAUUCCAGACGCUCAAGAUCUCGCAGCAAGCAUCGUGUUUCAAGGUCUCGUAGUCGGCAGUCAAGCAUUUCACCAAACAGUUUAACUUAUAAGACUAGUCUUGCUGCUGAGCUGAAUAAGCAUAAAAAAGCAAGAGCUGUUGAAGCUGCUAAGAAUAAUGCUAAAACCUCUAAUGCACUUAAUGUGACUGCUGCCAAGGCAAGUGGCAAUGCCAGUUCAACAGCAGGCCACACAUCUCAGACAAAGGAUACAAAGGAAGCUGGUAAGCUCAAGUCAGAGCGAGCACCUGCUUCCCCAUCGAACACUGGAAUCCAAGCGGCAGUUAAAAACGAGAAACUGAAAACUAAGCCGAUUUCCCAGGAGGUAAAAAUAGACCCUGAGUCAACCUUGGACAAAAAGGAAGCGGUAUUGGUGAACCUGGUAACAAAAACUCCCAAAACGCCAUCACUUAAAGUGGAGUCAACCACACCAAAAGAGAAACCCAGGCAAGCUCUGCCAAGUGAGUCUACAAAGGAAAAAGAGAAGAAUUCACAGCCACUUACAUCAACGUUACCACCACUACCUCUGCCCCUAGUGCUGACCAAGGAGGAGCCAGAGGGUGUGAGCAGCCCAAAAGAAGGGGUCUCAAUAAAGCCAGUGAAAAAGGAGCCUGAACGAAAGUCUCGACACUUACUUACAGACCUUCCAUUGCCACCUGAACUUCCAGGAUCUGAUUCAGCUUCACCAAAAACUCCUGAAGAGAAGAAGUCAACUCUUCAGUCACAGAUUAAAAAACGGCCCAAAAUUUGUGGUCCUCGACAUGGUGAGACAGAAGUGACGGAAAUUGACUGGGGAAAACGUUGUGUUGACAAAUUUGAUAUCAUUGGAAUAAUUGGGGAAGGAACAUAUGGCCAAGUCUACAAAGCUAAGGAUAAGGAUGCAGGUGAAAUGGUAGCUUUGAAGAAAGUCCGCUUGGACAAUGAAAAGGAGGGCUUCCCUAUAACUGCUAUUCGAGAAAUUAAGAUACUCAGGCAGUUACAUCACUCAAGUAUCAUAAACAUGAAAGAAAUUGUGACAGACAAGGAAGACGCAUUGGAUUUUAAAAAAGAUAAAGGUGCAUUUUAUUUGGUAUUUGAAUAUAUGGAUCAUGACUUAAUGGGACUAUUAGAAUCAGGACUGGUGCAUUUCACUGAAAACCACAUCAAAUCUUUUAUGAGGCAACUUAUGGAAGGUCUGGACUACUGCCAUAAGAAAAAUUUUUUGCAUCGUGACAUCAAGUGCUCCAAUAUUUUACUUAAUAACAGGGGACAGAUAAAACUUGCUGAUUUUGGGCUCGCUCGACUUUACAAUUCAGAAGAAAGUCGGCCUUACACAAAUAAAGUCAUUACGCUCUGGUAUCGGCCUCCGGAACUCUUGCUUGGAGAAGAACGAUAUACACCCGCUAUAGAUGUAUGGAGUUGUGGGUGUAUUCUGGGUGAGUUGUUUACGAAGAAGCCCAUCUUUCAAGCGAACCAAGAACUUGCUCAGUUGGAAUUGAUCAGUCGAAUCUGUGGUAGCCCAUGUCCAGCAGUGUGGCCUGAUGUGAUUAAACUACCAUAUUUCCACACAAUGAAGCCAAAGAAGCAGUAUCGCAGACGGCUAAGAGAGGAAUAUUCUUUUAUUCCGGCAACUGCUUUGGAUCUCUUUGAUCACAUGUUAGCUUUGGAUCCCAGUAAGCGCUGCACGGCAGAGCAGGCUCUUCAGUCCGACUUCCUGAGAGAGGUGGAUCCUACAAAAAUGCCUCCGCCUGACCUGCCACACUGGCAAGAUUGUCAUGAAUUGUGGAGCAAAAAACGGCGAAGACAGAAGCAGUCUGGAAUUAGUGAUGAUACAGCACCAAAAGUUUCUCGUAAGGACUCUGCUUUAAGUUUGGAUGAUAGCAGGAACAACACACCUCAAGGCUUACAACUCCCUCAACAUAAAACUCAGGGCAAUUCCAGUAUAGGAAUAGAGAGUAAAGGUACUGGACAGCCGCUAAACCAGAAUGACCUGGCCAUCCUUGUGAACCUGUUGAGAUCCAAGAACAGUCUUAGCCUGGCACAUCUCGCUCAAGCGUUGAAUAUUAAGGUGAAUCCGGAGACUCAGCAGCAGCUCAGCACAGUGAACCUUCCAGCCGGAGUCCUGGCAGCAGCUGCUAAGCAACAGCAAGAAGUCGAGAAGCCACCAGUGGUAACACCGUCUGUGCCGCCUCAACCCACGCAGCCACCACAAAAAAGUGAGAUUGAUUCCGCUCAGACCGCCAUUCAGAGUGCACUGGCCGUUUUAUUAGCCCAGCUGAUUAAGACACCUCAGCCAAAAGAAAAGGAAGUUGUUGCUGAGGCGGAGAGCACUGUUUCUGAAGUUGAGAUGCCAGCGGAACCCCCAGAACCCCCGGAUCCUCCUGAACCCAUGCCUGCCGGACUUGUUUCAGAUUUCGACGAUCACUCCACUGGUCAGUUGGAUCUCAGUGUCUCAGAUCAGUCACCAGUGCAUGAGCAUCCUCGGAUUCUGCCCCCAGACCAGAGACCUCCAGAGCCUCCGGAGCCUCCACCUGUUUCGGAUGGAAGCUUCCAGGCUGAAGACCAGCAUGAGGCCACCCCUUGCUCUUCGAGUGAUCCAACCGCAGGAGUGAAGGCGGCCCUUCUGGAGCUCUUGGCUCAGCACCAGGCCCAGGAACUAGGACAGCCAGCUGUUGACUAUCGAGCGGGCAGCAGCUUGAGAGCUGCUGCAGACUACGGGGAUGGAUUUGGGACAUCGUAUUCAUCGAGCAAUUUCAAUAGUGAUGGGUACAGCAGCAGACUUGGCAGGGGCACCUUCCUGGGCAGUGCGGAUGCCCCCAGUCAUUCGCUCCUGGAUUCAGUCUCGUCGACGUUCAAUGCUCCAUCAUCUCGCACUGGUAGUGCACACCUACAUUCUGGUUACCCUGAGGCCUUUCCUAGCUCAGUAACAGCUUACAGAGAAAGUAUUGGUUAUCUUGGGAACAGUGCUAUGCAGUUCACUGGAGAUAAAGACCACAGAUUUGAAUACAGUCGCACUGCGCUGCCCCCGCUGGCCAGCAGUGGAAGUAAUCCUGCAGCAAUACCUAAUAGUACUAAUAGUGCAAAUGUGCCUCUUGCUAAAAAACUGCAGAAUUACGGAUUUGUUGCCAACAGACAAGAGAACCUAGCUACCACUGGCUCUCUUCACGGACAGAACUGGGGAUCCCCUGGGCGUGGAGUAGUUUAUUCUCAUGCCUAUAGUGGGCAUAUUAGCACACCAACCAUCGGACGAGGCAGAGGUUUACCAUAUUGAUUUGCAGACCAGACUCCAUCUGGUAUACAUGAGUUAUACACUGAUAGACAGCUGGGAAGUCCUCUGCAUUGACGUGGUUUGUAGCAGGGAUUUUUUAAAAAAAAAUGUAAAGUGUAUAUUUGAAUGCAAAUACAAGUUAUUAGAUUUGACAAAUUUGAAGUGUGUUCUAUUACAAAAACUGAUUUGUACUCACAGAGAAGUAAUGAAGAAAACACUAGGCUUCUCUCACGAACUGCAACAUUUUCCCCAUCUUCCUCUUUCGUUUAGUUUUAAAAAGAUUAUUUUUAUGAUUCUCUUUUGACAGGUUACACCCAUUGGUAUUGUAGGAAUUUUGAGCGGAAUGGAGUUUCUAGGCUAGCUGACAUUUGAGGUACUUGUUACAAAAAAAUAACAAGACUACAGCCAAAAGAUUGGCAAAAAUUCUGUAUGUGAAGUGCUUUUCUGAGUUUGGACCAACUAUUAUCUGUGAGCUACUUGACGCUGCAAGUCUCUUAAGUAGUGUGCUUUUAGAAUAAAUAUCUAAUUAGCAAGUAGUUGUCAUAAACUUGGAAUUAUUGAAGGAAGUGUGGUGAAUUCACAUUGUGACUGAACACCUCAUGAUUUACCCCAUUUAUAAAAUAAGUCUGUGGUCCACUUCCCUAAACAAAAUGGACCAAGAUGUCAGAAACUUUGAGUAAAGUCCUUGCAAACACUGUUGCCUUGUUUUGUAGUCUACUACCAAACAAUUCAUACUAAAUAAAAAAAAGCUGCAAACAUCCGCUGACCCCCGUAUUUUUACAUCCGUCUUUCUUUAUUCCCUUAGGCAGUUUGUUUCUGCCUGUUGUCAAAGUAGUUUACAUGGCAUCAAACAAUGGUAGCUACAAUCAGGAUUUGAAAAGGAGGGGUUUUAGCAGAGAUUUUUCUGCAUUGGUGAACUUUUCUCACAAUUUGUGUUACAAGACAAUUAUUUCAAAAGCCUUUUGCAAUGCUGGUUGUAGUUUGAAGCAAACAGUCAAGUAAGUGACACCUAUUAUUCCCGAUGAAUUAAUACUUUAAUUCAAUCUUCAAACAAGUUUAUAAACUCUUUUCUUUUGACGUGUCAGAUCUCACAAGUCAUUAGUUGUUUUGAAGUAUUCAUUGCUGUAAAUAAAUGAAAAUUGUCUGAAGGGAUCUGUGAGGAAGGAAGCUGACAUGACUACAGUUCUGGGCGUAUCGUUUUGUUCUAAAGAGGAAAUCUAUCUUAUUGAAAUUGAAAUGGAUUUUUCAUCUCUGAAUUCCUGUAUCUUAUUCUUGGACUUGAGGGGCGCUGAUGAUGAAUUGGAUCCAAAGCAGCCUGCAAACCCAGGUUUAUUGACUUGGCAAGAAUUCCUCCUUAAUUCGCGUGGAAGUAUAAAACUGUGCGCUGAAGUGGAAUGUUAUUUUGGUGCACGAUGAGUGGAGUAUGGUGGUCCACAUCCCGAAUCACUGCUCUGCUCACCAUGGUUCAUUUUGCCAUCACAUCCUAUAUACGAGCUUUCUGGUGCUGGACAUACAGCAGAAGAUUCUACUUGCAAUGAAAUCAUUGUUGCAUUUGACAGGCACAUUUGAUUUUACUCAGUCUUAUAUUUUUCGUUAGUUCAAUCUCCCCAAAGCAAAGUCUGAUUAUAGACCAGUAAACUUCCAUGUUAAAUUUAUUUUAACCAAUUGGGUGCAUUUACAUUUUAUUAUCUUACAUUUAGCUCAUUCGAGCAAAUUUUCAACUGGGCACGUUUGGCAAGGGUGUAUAAAAUUAAAGUCUGUUAAUAGCUGUUCCAUGCACUUUGGGGUGAUACCAUUGCUGGGAUUAGAAAAUUGCAGAGUGUUGGUGAGUUAAAGAUUUUUCAAACCUGCUUAAGAUUUAUUAAAACUUUAUUUUCCCCACUAAUAAAAUAAUCCUUGUGUAAUUCAUUGGCAGUCAGAAUUUUGAUUAAAACAAGUGUACAUUUCAAAGUCGUGUUCUAUUCCUUUAUUUUCUGUGCCCAAUUUUUUUUCCCCCAAACAUACAAUGUAAUAAGAUCUCAGGUGCCCAGACGGAGUGGACAUCAUUACUUACUGUGAACUAGCGCUGCCCUGUACAACAAUUGCUAUUGUUACACUUGUAUAAAUGAAGACUUUUUAACUUUCACUGUUGUGCAUAAAAGGUACAGGUUAGAUAUCAUUCCAAAAUUGUAAUAUACUGUACUCGGGGAUAAAUGGGCACAUUGACAUUUUAAUGCACACUCAGCUGCAAAAUGCUUCCCCAUUCACCCUGAAUCAGUUGGGUAUUUUAGUUCCAAGUCUUCAGGACAUCAUUCUGUUAGCCUGCUUCGUAUUCUCUUCGGAAGAAGAAUUCAAAGUAAAAGCUAUUUAUACUGUAAUGUUUUAUGAAUACUAUGGCCUUUUCAAAAAGUUACAUGUAAUUUGUUUAAAAAAAUUCUGGCAUUGUAAUUUUGUAUGGAUCUGUAAAUAAAGAUGGAGAUUAAUUUCUGCAAAACUUCUGUUUGCACUGCCUGUGAAUGUGGGAUGGAUACUGUACGCUGAGGCUUGGGCCAAGUGCAGCCACCA